ACACAGAUCAAGUACAAGGAUGAUUUCACUAUCGUUUCUCGAUUACCCACCUCAAGUUUUGAGGUAAAUUUUGUUAAUUUCAAUGAAUUUGUAAUCAUUCUUAAUGAGAUUGAGAUUUGGGUAUCGUUGGUGCAAGUAAACACAAUAUACUUUUGUUGUUAUCGUUGAUGGCAAUCAUGAGGUUGAAAUUGAAUCAUUAUCUAUUGGGAAAGGCUUUAGCUUCCCAUUUCUGCGCUAAACAUUUUCAGUGUAUUGUUUUGAAUCUUCAUUCUGUUUCAUGUUCUUAUUCAACCACUAAUUUUGAGGCUCAAAACAAGGGUAAAUCCAACACUGAGAAUUUCAAAGACAGUUUUGGGAAAGUGGGUUUUGGGUUUUCUGCAAGUGUCAAUGAUGAUGUUGAAGAAGAAGAAAACGGAAGUAGUGAUGAUGAUGAUGAGAGUCUUGAGUUUAUUAGUUCUUCCAAUUGCAAUAACAAUAAACAUAGAGAAAAUAUUGCAAGAUUUGAAAUUGAUGAGAGUGAAUUUAGACACCCAUUGGUUAGAGAGGUUUGUAGAUUAAUUACACUUAGGUCAACUUGGAACCCUAAAUUUGAAGGUAAUUUGAGGCAUUUAUUAAGGAGUCUCAAACCUCCACUUGUUUGCGCUGUUUUGCGCUCUCAAGUCGAUGAAAGGAUUGCUUUGAGUUUUUUUUACUGGGCGGAUCGGCAAUGGCGCUAUAGACACGACACUAUUGUGUAUUAUACAAUGUUAGAUAUCCUUAGCAAGACUAAAUUGUGUCAAGGUGCGAGGCGGAUUCUUCGGCUUAUGACUCGCAGAGGAAUUGAAUGUACGCCUGAGGCUUUUGGUUACGUGAUGGUGUCUUAUAGCCGUGCAGGAAAGUUGAGGAAUGCAUUGCAGCUUUUGACCUUAAUGCAGAAAGCUGGAGUUGAACCUGAUUUAUCUAUAUGUAACACUGUGAUUUAUGUUUUGGUGAAAGGGGAUAAAUUGGAAAAGGCACUGAGAUUCUUGGAACGAAUGCAGGUGGCUGGAAUCAAACCCAAUAUUGUCACUUAUAACUGCUUGAUUAAGGGUUACUGUGAUUUACAUCGGAUUUAUGAUGCUAUGGAGCUUAUCGCAGAAAUGCCAUCUAAGGGAUGUCCUCCUGAUAAAGUUAGUUAUUAUACUGUGAUGGCUUUCCUGUGUAAGGACAGAAAAAUUGAAGAAGUGAAGCGUUUAAUGGAGAAUAUGUAUCGGAAUAGUAAUUUAAUACCGGAUCAAGUUACAUAUAAUACACUAAUCCACGCACUUUCGAAGCAUGGACAUGCAGAUGAGGCUCUUGCUUUCCUAAGGGAAGCAGAAGACAAGGGUUUCCACAUUGAUAAGGUUGGGUACAGUGCAGUAGUUGACUCGUUCUGUAAAAAUAAGAGGAUAGAUGACGCAAAGAGUUUAGUAAUCGAUAUGUAUUCAAGAGGCUGUAAUCCUGACGUAGUGACAUAUACUGCUAUUAUCGAUGCAUUUUGUCGUGUUGGGAAGAUAGACGAAGCGAAAAAGAUGCUGCAGCAGAUGUGCAAACAUGGGUGUAAGCCAAAUACUGUAUCAUAUACAGCUUUGUUGAAUGGCCUGUGUCACAAUGGAAAAUCAUUAGAGGCAAGGGAGAUGAUAUUUAUAAGCGAGGAGCAUUGGUGGACCCCAAAUGCAAUCACUUAUAGUGCCGUGAUGCACGGGCUCCGUAGGGAGGGGAAAUUGUCCGAGGCCUGUGAUUUGAGUAGGGAAAUGAUCGAAAAAGGUUUUCUCCCAAACCCAGUUGAAAUUAAUCUGCUAAUACAGUCGCUUUGUCAAAAUCGGAAUGUUAUAGGAGCUAAAAAAUACUUAGAAGAAUGUCUGCAUAAGGGCUGUGCAAUCAAUGUUGUAAACUUUACUACUGUCAUUCACGGUUUCUGUCAGAUCGGUGACUUAGAUGCAGCUCUAUCGGUGUUAGAUGACAUGUAUUUAAGCAAUAAACAUCCUGAUGCCAUCACAUAUACAGCAUUGUUUGAUGCAUUGGGGAAAAGGGGUAGGUUGGAUGAGGCUACUGAGUUAAUCGUAAAGAUGCUCGGCAAGGGUUUGGUUCCUACUCCUGUAACAUACAGGGCAGUCAUCCACCGAUUCUGUCAAUGGCAAAGAGUAGACGAUAUGAUGAAAUUAUUAGAAAAAAUGCUUGUUAGGCAGCCAUUUAGAACAGUAUACAAUCAAGUUAUCGAGAAACUUUGUAAUUUCGGAAACCUCGAGGAAGCUGAGAAACUACUUGGGAAGGUUUUGAGAACAGCAUCAAAACUUGAUGCUAAGACAUGCCAUGUUCUGAUGGAAAACUAUUUGAAUAAAGGGAUUGCUAUAUCAGCCUAUAAAGUGGCUUGUCAAAUGUUUAGAAGAAAUUUGAUUCCUGAUUUAAAGUUGUGUGAGAAAGUGACUAAGAAACUGGUGUUAGAUGGUAAGUUGGUGGAGGCUGAUAACCUUAUGUUAAGAUUUGUUGAGCGUGGAUUACAAAAAAAUGAGAUGCAUUUAUGAAGUUGAUAAUGGCAAUGAAUCUAUUUUCAAUUCUAUUCAUCAUUUUCAUAUGCUGCUAUUCCAUCUUGUUGUUUUCAAUAUGUUAAAGCUUUUUUUUUCUUCUAUUGAGAACAAUUAUUUUUGUUUUGAGAAUGUAAAUUUCCUUCACAUAAUCAUGUGGAUA